AUGAAGCUUUCUAAUAUACUGUUACUAGGAUCUAGCCUAGUGUUCAAUAUCGUGGCUGCCGAUGUUGCUGCCAAUAAAAAUCCUGAAGUUAAUGUCGAGGUUGAAACUCCACCAGAGGGUUUAUCAUGGGAAGAAUGGCAUAUGCAGCAUGAACAUCAAAUGAAAGAAUAUGAUCCAGAGAGCUUUUUUGCAUUACACGAUAUCAAGAAGAAAGGUUAUUUUGAUGACGACGAUAUCUUAGCAUUGUAUGGUUUGAAUCGUGGUGAAGUCGUUGGUAAAGGUGACGGUAUGGGUGAACAUGAUAGUUCUGAACUUAUAGAUGAAGAAAAUUCUAAAAGGGUUGUUACAUUCAUCAAGAAGUUAUUAGAUGUUGAUGACGAUAGCAGAAUCGCUAAAGAAGAAUAUUUAGCUUUUGCUAAGAAAGGUCAUAAAUUCCCAGACUUGGGUGUUGGUGUUGGUCACCAUGCUGACUUCGAAUUAGAAUACGAAUUACAUCAUUGGAAUAAAUUCCAUAGAGAUACCGACCCUGAUGUUAAGAAUGUUCACAAAGAAGACAUUGAACAUGAACUAUUACAUCAUUUCCAUGAAAUUGAACACGAAGAGAAAGUUCAAAGAGGCGCUUCUAAAGGUACUGUCAUAACUGAUGAUGAAUUGGAAUCAAGAAUUGAUAUCAAGAACAUUCCAAAGAAAUUCAAGAAUGGUUUCUUUUAA